ACUUUGUCGUGGCUAAAUGUUGGAGAAUCACAAUGCUAAGCAAUUCAGGAAAUUGUUCUCAUUGAGUUUGUUGUGGAUUUAAUUUUUAAACAGUGGUUUAUAAUGUGAAUGGAUAGUUGAGUGACUGAUCUCUCUGUUCUGUGAAAAGCCGUCAUAGAGGCUGGACUACUGUCUGCGGACUGGCUGAAGAAUCUGGUCUGUUUCUGUAAAAGCAGUGUGUGAUGCUCCGCUGGAUUCUCGGCACUCGCGGCUCACAUGGCUCGGCUGAGAACCGCUGUGCUGCCCUUUGUAUUGGAGAGGAACAGCCCAAAAACUGUUACACUGAACUGCAGGUGCUCAGAGGCCAUUUCGACAUUGUGCGAUUUCUGGUGCAGAUUGAUGAUUUCAGAUUUGCGUCAGCAGGGGAUGAUGGGAUGGUGCUUGUAUGGAAUGUUGAGACUGGAGAGCGGCUGGUAGAAUUACGAGCUCAUACUCAACAGAUCACAGCUUUGACGGCGUACACAUGCACCAACUCAGAAAAAACCCUCACAGCCCUUAUAACAGCUUCAUCGGACCGCAUGAUGUGUCUGUGGGAUGCAGACACAGGACAGCGUCUACGCACCGUGUCCAAUCUACAGUCUUCUGUUAAGUGUGUGUUGGUGUUGCAUCAUCUGGAUGUGUUUCUCUCUGGAGGCAAUGAGCUGUGUGUGUGGAAUAGAGACUUUCAGCUACAGUGUAAGACGGUACAUUGCAGAGACUCAGGCAUCACUGCAUUGGUGGAUUUGCCUAAAUGCUAUGUUGCUGCCACCAUAGACAAAGAGAUUGUAAUCUUUAAGCUGAAUGUGUCUGAAACUGAAAUGUCGAUCCUGGCCAUUCGCCAUCUGACUGACCACCAAGACACGAUCCGGACACUCAUCAGAGUCAACGAUGAUCUGUUUGCUAGUGGCUCUCACAUUGGAGAGGUCAUCCUCUGGGAUACCCUUGACUGGACGAUCCAGGCUUACGAGCGUAUUUUGUGGGAGGAACCAGAUCGAGAGGGCCAAUCAGAGAUCAAAAUGGGGCAGCAGAAACGGAGCGAAGCAUCCAUUCAGCACCUGCACUCAGACGGAGAGCGGAUAGUUGCAGCAGUGGGCAGUGGGCUGUUUGUGUAUAACACAAAGAUGAAGACAGUGGUGGCGUAUAGGAAGUUUGCCCAUGACUCUGAUGUGCUAUACACCACGCUGCUGCACAAUGGACAGGUGAUGUCUUGUUCAGAGGAUGGCAGUGUCAGGAUCUGGGAGUUACAGGAGCUCCCCCUACCUGCAGAGCCUGCCUCCUCAGGCUUUUUCGGCUUGUUCAGCACCAUUGGGAGAUCCAGUAAACAGGGUAGUGUGCAAUCUAAGAAGCUUCUGGAAGUUUCUGGUCUGUGCUCGCUAGAGUUGGUUGGUGAUCUGAUUGGUCACUCUGGAGCAGUGCAGAUGUUUCUGAGUUUUGGCAAGAGGGGCGUGGUCACUUGCUCAGCUGAUCACCUGCUCAUUGUGUGGAAAGACGGAGAAAGAGAGUCACAUCUGCGCAGUCUGGCUCUGUUCCUGAAGCUGGAGGAGAAAGGGUGCCUCUGAACCUUCUCACUCUCAGUCUCACCCUAAAGCAAUUACCUGAUGAUCAAUAGAGUGAGGUGAGGAACGGGUUGCCAGGUUUUCCAAUAUGCAGCCUGCAAAGAACAAAAGAACACUGGAUAUUUUUAAAGAAAACACAAAAGUCAUUGAGAGAGAGAGUGCAUGAAACACUUGUUUUAAAAAAAAAAAAAAAAUUAAGCAUGAGUACUCAAUAGAGCUCAACUCCACAUUUGGCAUCUCACUCUGAAUGCCCCUGCUGUUUAAUGGGAGUUUAUUGUUGUCUUUUAUUAUUGCCUUUUAUGUGACAAUAACUGUGACUGAACUAAGAGUAAGACAUAGCUGUUACUGAACAUGCUCAAAUUUUAUCUGAAAGUGAUGGUUUCAUUUUUAAAAUGCAAGGCUGUUGUUUGUUCUUAAGCAUUUCUGACAAAUCAUAUUGUAUGGAUGUUUUUUUAUUUUAUAAUUUAUUCAAUUAAUGAGUUGUAAAUGAAUCAUGUCAGAGUGAACCUUUGAGGCUCUUACAUUUUACAUUUUACAUGAUUUAAUUUUUUUUUUUUUCAAUUGACUUCAUGUUUUAAAUAUAAAUGAAUAUACUACAAGAUGAUUUAAAAGUUUUAUUAAUUAACAAUAUAAAUGGCUAUUAAAGAAGCCUUUUCUGGGAAGAGACCAUUUUUUUUAAAAAAGCUGUUUGAGAAUUUCUCUCUCUGGGAUGCUAUUGCAAGCUAUUUGUGAAAGAAUAUUUGGUACUGUGGUGUUAGCUGGGCUCUUCUCCCUUCUCCCUCCCAAAAACAUACCAGUAGGCGGAUUAGCUACACUGAUUUGGCAAUAGGUGUGACUAGUGACUGGAUUCCCAUCCAGGGUGUAUUCCCUCCUCAUGCCCAUUGUUCCCGUGAUAGGCUCUGGAUCCACCACAACCCUGACCAGGAUACUCUCCAUAAUCUCCUUAGUAUUAUGGAAGUUUUAUUAGAUUUAAAAAAAGAUGGGACACAUCAGUUUUUUGCUAUACUUCACAAAAUACUAGGUGAACGAUGACAGCCCCAUGCCUUCAACUAGAGCUUGUCAAAUUGCACUGUCAGCUGUAUGAGCACAGGGUCUACAGAGCAAGCCAGCUGCCUAAAACACAAUCCAUGUUCCCUCAGUGUGCUGUUUGUGCAGGGCCACAGGUGUGAGUGUUAUCUCUGUCUCUAGUGCUUCACGCAGCUCCACGUCUGAUGGUAGGUAGCUAUCUGAAAGACGGCUUCGACUGCAAAUUACAAUUACACAAUUGUUAGUGUGACUCACAGCAAGAAAUGCCAUGUUUUGUUGACAAAGUCAGUGUUGAUUUUUUUUUUCAUUUUUACAUGUUGCAUCCUUAAACUGUUUUUCAUAAAACAAGUGUUAUAAUGUUUUAUUGUGCAAAUAGCUAUACCACAAACCCAGACAAAAAAAUGAAGUGAAAUAAACCAUCCAUUAUUCUUGACAGUA